GUUGUUUUGAACCUCCCACCUAGAGGGAGGAUGGAGUGAGAUGAGGAGAGUCAGCAUUAUGUGGAGACAGUGACAGCCUCUUCACUGUUUUUGUAGACACUGGCCGGAGAUAUAUGUCCGACUAGAAAGUGUGGAGAAGGCGUCAAGGCAUCUGAGGUGCUCAUUUCAACAAUACAUAGGAUUUAUUUUUAAAGGAGCACUGUCACAACCUUCAAAUAAGGAAUCUGCCUGCAGAGCUGCUGGGGAAUUUCCAGUUCAUUUUGCGAUUUAUAAUAAGAGAGACUGUUUGAAGAAAAAGAAUGGAGAAAAGAAAGAAAGGAGAGAUGAGGAGGAAGAGGAAGGUUCCUUAUAUCUGCUGGCUGCUGCUGGCUCUGCUCCAAAUCACCACACCUUCCUCAGCUCAAGACACCAACACCACCACUUCAGCUGCAGCUCUCCGUUACCUCACACGCCCAGUUGACGUUAGAGUGGCUGUGGGAGACCCUGCGGUGUUUCUCUGUGGAGUGCCCAUAGCUUCUCCAAACCUCACAUUCACCUUCUACAGGACUCAAAAGAACUACAGCCUCACCUGCCCUUACGGCUAUACGGAAGACAUCCCCCAGGCUCUCUAUGGAAGUUGUGAAAUGAAGAAAGGAGAGUCAUUGGCUGUGUGGACCAUCAAGGGAACUUCGUUCUCCGACAAUGGCACAAGAGUCGUGUGUCAGCAGUCAAACAACAUGGAAACCCAUGCUGCCAUCCUACGUGUCUAUGAUAGUGGCAUCAGCCAAGCCAUUCUCAUUGGCUGUACCAUCGGGGGUUUCUUUGGCGUUCUCUUGGUGGCUGGUCUAUCGUACACCAUGCUGCGGAGAUCUGAGACCCUCCAGAAGUGCUUCAGGGGGAAAGAAACAGAAGAAGAUGUGGUCACAAUAGUAACAAAGGAUUAAAAGGAGGCAAAAGGACGACAAAGACUGUUUGGUUACUUGAUGUUGCUUCAUAGAACACAUGCAAAGUUGUGUUCUCUAUUCUAGAGAAUUGAAGUAGAAAUUAACUGGUUAUUUUAAAUCCUUUGACCGAUCUGAGCGAAGUGAAAGUUGGAUCCAAUCCAAGUCUGGAGAUGAUGACUGAAAUGUUUGAGGCCGGAUCCAGACUGACCCCCCGAUAUCUUCAGUUCCUUGUCCUGCCUUCAAUAACUGGACCCUGCACACAUUACUCACAGUCAACGAGCUCUUCAAACAAUUCACCAAGAAAUGAUUAAGCCAGAGCUCUUCCCCCACUUAUGCAGGGUCACAUGUGCACUGCCUUAUAUACUUUAUAAAUCAUGUGUAAAAUAUGCUGCUGUGCUCACUAAUGUGGCCAAACCAGUUUAGUCUGUGUGUGUGUGUGUGUGUGUGUGUGUGUGUGUGUGUGUGUGUGUGUGUGUGUGUGUGUGUGUGUGUGUGUGUGUGUGUGUGCGUGCAUAGAAAGCAGUAGUAAUUUACUUUAGUACUUUAAGAACUAUUGAAAAUGUCUGUUCAUCAAGAUGAUUUUUAAGCUCUUAUAAGAAGGUAGAAAAGUUACAUAAUGGGGCUUUAAAUUGUUGCUUAGUGGUCACAGGGAUGUUGUGAAAGUCCUGAGUAAGCUAUCACAAAAACAUUGCCUGCAGACUGGUCCCUUAUAAAUGAGGAAUGGAAGACUAGCUGUCCUUUGUGCUGGUACAUAUGUUUUACAGCUGUAUAACAACAAACUAUUGAAGGAAAAAUACUCACUGAUGGAUUCCAGUUGUGCUUGUAAUACCAGUUAAAUCAGCUACACUUUUCCAGUUUGUCCACUUGAGGGAAGCACUUACUCCACAGUAAACAAAGCCAGUCAGCUGCUGUAGAUAUUCACUUUAAAAGAACUGAUUGUAAAGACUAAACACAAUGACAAUUUAUGUGUCUAUCACAACAUCACAACAACCUUUUUGUCAAAUGAUUCAGUUAAAACUCUAAUUGCUAUUCCUUUCUUUGAAGUGAUUUUGAUGUGAAAAUGUUUUUCUAUGUAUUUGCAUUCUUAGUCAAGGAAGUAAAUUGUCCUGAUGCUUUUGACGUGGUUACACAGUCAUUGUCUUUGCAUAGAGGCAAAGCACAUUAUUUCUUAGUUCUACAGUUACCAAAUGUAAACUUAGGGAUGUCUUUGUUUUUUUUGCUGCUGUUGAUGUUUGUUUUUGUGCACUUUAUUCUUGUCUUUUAAUUUCUUUAGAUACUUUGAUGAUUACAUUGCUGUAAUAUUCUCUUGUUUAUUGAUUGUUUGUUCUCAUUUUCUAGAUAGACUUACAUUAAGAGCUUGCUGUAAGUGUGUGGCCCAUGACAAAAUCAAAGUUACAGGAUGUCAAAUCCAAAACUAUAUAGACAUAUAUAUAUAUAUAUAUAUAUAUAUAUAUAUAUCACCAAUGCAGAUUCCUCUUAUGUGUGUAUGAAUGUCUAUAUAAUGUGUGCUUUGGCUCACUCUAGAAUCAGACAACAACUUUGCAUGUUUUUGUUGACUUCAGGCUCAACACAAAGUUUGUUUGUUCGUUUGUUUGUUGUCGGCCAGUUGGCAAUUCAAGCUGAUAAAUUCUGCUUCAAUUCAGAA